AUGCCUAUUACUGGUGAUAGCAAAGUAUUGUUAUCAACAAAUAGGUACCUAGAUAGUUUUGGUGUUGAGAAUUUCGAAAUAGUAUUGUUUAUUGGACUCGUUUUGGGAAUUACAUUAACACUGAUACCCUUAUUAUGUUGUAUUGAUGCAAUUUAUCGCUGCAUUCAUAACAUAUCCGAUCAAGAACCAAACAUCAAAACACGAUGCUGUCGACAAUCCAGAGAAGUAGCUCCAUCAACUGAAUGCUUUAAAUGCUACAGAACAGGAUCAAAGUGUAAUCAUUAUUCUAAGAAAUGUUCAAGCGUCAAUAUUAGCAGACCGCGUUAUAAAUACAAGCCUCAUUCAAGACCAACAUCAAGUUGUCAUCACACGAGACAACAUUCAGUCAUAAACAUUCCUGAUGAAUCCGAGACUUCAUGUAAUGCUUCUCAAUAUAACUCCAAUUGUUCUUCGAGAGGAUCAGGAUAUGGAAGUUAUCAUCAUUAUAACAUAAGAAAUUAG